UCUCAAUCAAUAAUAAAUAAAGAAGAGAGAGAAAGGAGAGUAUUGGCGGUCUCUUACACUAAAGGGGACUACAGCCUACUGAGAUUGCCGAGAUGCUAUCCUCUGUCCUUCUUCUUCUUCGACAUUUCCAUUUUUGUCACUUUUGUUUUGUUUUUUCGAUUGAUGGGCUGCUAGAUUUUAUUAAUCUCACAUAAAAAAAUCUAUCUUUAUCCAAGCCCAAAUCUUCCUACUCUUUUGUAUUUUCAGUUGUUUUUAUUUGUUUUUGGGAUGGCAUCUUCAUCACUGGUAAGUCCGCUAUGCACGUGGCUGGUGGCUGCUUGCAUGUCGGUCACGUGCGGGAAGGAUCAUUCACAGUCUCCAAUGCUCCAUUCAUCAGUCUCUUCUUCUUCUUCCAAGAGACUCGGCCGCAGGGCUCGUAAUAGAAGGAGAGCUCUUCUUUCUCAAUUCUGUGGUGGCUCAACCAGCAGCAGGGACGGGAGCUUGGUUUCGUUGUUUUGUGGAUCCAACAUUCAAGGCUUGAUGACUUCCUGCUUGGCUUUUGAGCCCUGUAAUGACUACUAUUCCUCCAAAAAUGGUAGCUUUUUUGGUCAAAAUGGCAACUUUUCUUCUUUCUUUGGAUCCAAAAAUAUUUCCUUCGAUAAUAAUCGCAAGCACCGAAGGCUCAAUCGAGGAGCUGUCCGUUCUGGAGAAGCCAUGGCUAUAGCCGUGCAACCAGCAAGAGAAAUCACAACAAAGAAGAAACCUCCUAUGAAGCAAAGACGAGUUGUUGUGACUGGAAUGGGAGUUGUAACUCCACUUGGCCAUGACCUUGAUGUCUUCUAUAACAAUUUGCUUGAGGGUGCCAGUGGUAUAAGUGAAAUCGAGACUUUUGACUGUGCCCAGUUUCCAACUAGAAUUGCUGGAGAGAUCAAAUCUUUCUCAACUGAUGGAUGGAUUGCUCCAAAACUUUCCAAGAGAAUGGACAAAUUCAUGCUUUAUAUGCUUAUUGCUGGAAAGAAAGCCUUGGAAGAUGGUGGAGUAACUGAAGAUGUAAUGGAGGAAUUAGAUAAAGUGAAAUGUGGAGUUUUGAUUGGUUCAGCAAUGGGUGGCAUGAAGGUUUUCAAUGAUGCAAUUGAAGCUUUGAGGAUUUCAUACAAGAAGAUGAAUCCUUUUUGCGUGCCAUUUGCUACUACAAAUAUGGGUUCUGCGGUGCUUGCAAUGGAUUUGGGAUGGAUGGGCCCUAACUAUUCAAUCUCCACUGCAUGUGCUACAAGCAACUUUUGUAUAUUAAAUGCAGCAAACCAUGUGAUUAGAGGCGAAGCUGAUAUGAUGCUCUGUGGUGGCUCUGAUGCGGCAAUUAUACCCAUUGGGUUGGGAGGAUUUGUGGCAUGCAGAGCACUCUCUGAGAGGAACAAUGAUCCUACUAAAGCUUCACGCCCUUGGGAUGUUAAUCGUGAUGGAUUUGUCAUGGGGGAAGGUGCUGGGGUUCUGCUUUUGGAAGAAUUGGAGCAUGCUAAGAGGAGAGGUGCCACCAUAUAUGCAGAAUUUCUGGGUGGGAGUUUCACUUGUGAUGCUUAUCACUUGACUGAGCCACGCCCUGAUGGAGUUGGUAUCAUUCGCUGUAUUGAAAAGGCCUUAGCUCAGUCUGGAGUAUCUAGAGAAGAUGUGAAUUAUAUUAAUGCUCAUGCUACAUCUACACCAGGUGGAGACAUUAAAGAAUACCAGGCUCUUCUACAUUGUUUUGGCAAUAAUCCUGAGUUAAGGGUGAACUCUACAAAGUCAAUGAUUGGUCACCUACUGGGAGCUGCUGGUGCUGUCGAAGCUGUUGCAGCAGUACAAGCAAUAAGGACUGGUUGGGUUCAUCCAAAUAUCAACCUGGAAAACCCAGAUGAAGGAGUGAGUAAACGGGAAAUCUCUUCCGUAGACAAACAUCACUUUGAAAGGGUUAUUAUAGGAAGUAUGGUGGCCAGGUCCCAGGUGGCGGAGCUUUUUAUAAUAGACCUGACUGUAUGGCUCUAUACGAGGAAUGAGGACGUUCAGAGUUUUAACUGUUUUUGAAUGUUUCAUUUUUUUUUCUCUUAAAAUUAGCUACAAUGAAGGUUUUAGUCAUUUAGAUGACAUGCAUGGGCCAUUGAACCACCAGCAGAUGUUGUCCUGGUCUCGUAAUUUUUGUUUUCAUGUACAAGAAAAUGGCUGAUCUUGACAGUCAAUUUGUAAUGAAUUUUGAACUGGCAGAUCCCAGAUUACACUUGUAGAGUGGUGGUUUAUGGCUUUAUGUUCAUGCAAGCCUGUUUUCUUCCCUUGUGUUUUUAAUCGCUAUCCUCUUCCCCUGGAACCCCUUCACCUGCCCUUGGAAGAAAAAUAAAAGUUAUAUGUCUAUUUAUUCAUGAUAUUUCCCACAAAACUAAGAGAUCUCUUUGAUAUAUUAGUUUUGAUUAUUCUCGUAUAAUUUGUAUAAACUUUAGAUAGUAAGCAUGAAAGAAAACAUGGGCCUUUAAAUGUGUUCGGAAGUCUAGAUUUUGGAAGGACGCUACUCUUCUUCUUUACCAUGUUUGAGAGUGGAGAAACGAUUAAAGGACCCGUUCAAAACUCUGUGCGACAUGCUGUGCUGCUAGAAUUUUUGUCAGUUACACUCUCAAAAGACGAUUUGUAACAUUAACCUCUCAAAUCCUGUUAGAUUUCAUGUUAUGAAAUGGUACUAGUUUGUCUCGCAAAGCGCAUUUUUUUUCUCAUUU